GCCGCCAAAGGCACGGGGGCGUUUUCGUGCGGGUUUUGCGGACGGUCGGUUGCGGUGGAUGAGUGGUUGACGUCCCGCAGAACCACAGUCGUCCCGCUCUCCGGAGCCGGAGCGGUGGACCAUCAAAAAGAGAAAAGGGUGAUGUGCCAACAACCACUGGGGGGCAUCUGUCCUCUCUGCAACCUGUUCAACCCCUGAAGCUUAUGGGAUAGGAGUGUGUGUGCCCCUUCCCACCACUGCAGUCCCACUGGAGUCUUUAGUGCCAAAGCUGAGCUGCGUCGAAGGAGUAGAGAUGGGCAGCCCAGGCUGUGAGGUGGCUCUCACCGGGCCGGUGGAGCCAACCCUGGAACCGCUGUGUCCCGAGUGUGGUCAGAUCCACCGCAGCAGAGAGAACCACCUCUACAACUACAGGCUGGAGGUGGAUGACGACCUGGUGUGCCACAUUUGCCUGCAGCCACUGGUGCAGCCACUGGAUACACCCUGUGGACACACUUUCUGUGCCCGCUGUCUGCGUAGCUUCCUGCAGGAGAGGGACUUCUGUCCACUGGACAGGACGCGACUGCAGCUGCAGGCCUGCCGCAGGUCCAGCAUACUGGUUCACAAGCUGCUGGACAAGCUGUCCGUGACCUGUCCUCUGUCUCCAGUCUGCUCCCUCAGUAUGCCUCGCUGUGACCUGGAGGCACACCUUAAACACAGGUGCCCUGGGACCCGAUGUCAGCAGACCGGCGUGGAUGGCCUGAGAUGUGAGAGUGGUGAUGAACGAGGGACGGUGACCAGCCCCCCCAGGUCACCACGGUCCCCGCAGACAGACCUGAGGGACCGCACGCCUUCUCCACCAUCUGGACCUAAUAACGCCUGCAGCGACGGACCAGUGUGGACGGAGAACGCCGGCCUGGACAACCCUGCCUUUGAGGGGAGCACAGAGGAAGACAGUGUGGUUGGGUUGGAGUGUGUGGUCCCCAGAGUGAAGCGUCCCCUCAGUAAUCCUUGCAUCCACCUGCUGCGCUCGGUCAGUUCCACCUCCUCUGGAUGGGACUGUCCUGAGUCUCCGCCUCUGUCUGCUGAAGAAGGCUGCGUCAAGUUGCCCUCACUUCCUGAAGGAGAGAUAACUGCCAUCGAAGUUCACCGCUCAAACCCUUAUGUGGAGCUGGGCAUCAGUAUCGUUGGGGGGAACGAGACGCCGCUCAUCAACGUCGUGAUUCAGGAGGUGUACAGAGACGGGGUCAUUGCACGAGAUGGGAGGCUGCUGGCUGGAGAUCAGAUCCUACAGGUGAACAAUGUCGACAUCAGUAACGUCCCCCACAGUUUUGCUCGUUCAACCCUGUCGCGCCCCUGCACCACCCUGCAGCUGACCGUGCUCAGGGAACGCCGCUGUGCCUCCCGGGCUCCUCCUUCCUCCUCCUCUUCCUCUUCCACUCCUGCUGUACCGACCGCUCCCUGCUCCACUCCAGAGGGAUCCUCUCCUUCGAGCCCCACCACGCUGAGAAUCACCCUGCAUAAGCGGGACUCCACAGAGCAGCUCGGCAUCAAGCUGGUGCGACGAACAGAUGAGUCAGGAGUGUUUGUGCUGGACCUCCUGGAAGGAGGCCUGGCAGCCAAGGAUGGCAGGCUGCGGAGUAAUGACCGUGUUUUGGCUGUCAACGACCAAGAUCUGUGCCACGGCACCCCAGAGCAGGCGGCUCAGAUCAUACAGGCCAGUGGAGACCGAGUCCACCUCCUUAUAUCCCGGCCCAGCAAACCAACUCCACCACCACCAAAAUCAAGUUCCACCAGAGACCUUUACUGCCUUGAUCACUUCCUGCCUAACCACAGCUGCACCCCGAGUCCUGUGCCAAUGCAUCUGUCUCGCACCAGCACACACAGAGACCUUUCCCAGUGUUUGACCUGUAAGGAGAAACACAUUAAUGUAAAGAAGGAGCCACAUGAGUCUCUGGGCAUGACUGUCGCUGGUGGAAGGGGCAGCAAAAGUGGGGAGCUACCCAUUUUUGUCACCAGUGUCCAACCACACGGCUGUCUGUCGAGGGACGGACGAAUCAAACGAGGCGACAUUCUGCUGAGCAUCAACGGCCAGGAUCUAACCUACCUGAGCCACAGUGAGGCAGUAGGCACAUUGAAGGCCAGCGCUGCCUCACCCUCAGUCCAGCUUCGGGUGCUGGAGGUCACCAUGGUGGAAGAACACGACCACGACGAGCUGCUGCCCCACAGUCAUGACAGCGACUUUGACGCCAACUGGUCUCCAUCGUGGGUCAUGUGGUUGGGCCUGCCUAGCUAUCUGCACAGUAGCCACGAGAUCGUGUUACGGAGGAGUCACCCUGGCAGCUGGGGUUUCAGCAUCGUCGGCGGUUACGAGGAGAAUCACGGCAACCAGGCCUUCUUCAUCAAGACCAUCGUCCUUGGAACACCUGCCUACUACGACGGUCACUCUAGGUGUGGUGACAUGAUUGUGGCAGUCAACGGCCUUUCCACCACAGGAAUGAGCCACUCUGCGCUGGUGCCCAUGUUGAAGGAGCAGCGCAGCCGGGUGGCCCUCACUGUGGUCUCCUGGCCGGGCAGUCUGGUAUAGCUGGGCCUGAUCAGGGGCAGUGCUGGGCUCCACGCUAACUCCCACCAGAAUGUUCUAUAUUGGGAACGACCUUGGCCAAAGUGAACUGGUACGCGCUACUGUACAUCGCUCCAUACCGGGCUUAAUCCAGGACCAAAUGCAUUCAGAACUGUAAUAGACCCAGCAGGACCAAGCCUGUCCUGACCGGGUGGGACCUGAUCCAGAUCGUGCCACGUCACUCGACAGACUGCUCUCACACACACACUGCUGUGUUCAUAUGUUCAUGUUGUCUUCGCUCCCACAGGGAGAAUGGUACUGUAACUGUUAACAGGCGGUCUGUGCUGUAUUCAUCUCACCGGGCAGUUGUAGAUUGCAGGGCUGUAUUCAGGUGGAUGCAUCAUUGCAGGUAGACGUAGAAUUUAAAAUAACGUAGCCCAUUGUCCUGCAUCACCUGGGAUGUGAUCAUGUUAAAUCAAGAUGUUCUGCAACUCCAGCGCUGCAUCCAUCUGAAUAAGCCUCAGGCCUUAUUAGAAAAACCUGCCUCACACUUAGGCCUCAUCACCUUCACAACCAGCUGUCCAUCAGCUGGACUUUUAUACAUGUGUGAAUGUGUGUUUGUUUAAUAAACGUGUCCUUCGAAGGAAUCAUCCUUCUUUAGCAUGUUUCUUUCACAAGUGAUCAGAUCAUGGAAGUUUAGCAUCUUUACACGAGAAAAAACAUUUUACUAUAGUCAAAAUCGGGAGGUUUGGGGGGAAAAAAAUGCCUUGAAACAGACAAAAGGUGGCUUUAAUAUCCCUGUUUAUUUCUACAAAACCUAAAUGCAAAAAGAAAAGCAGGGCUGCUGUAGCACAAAACAUGCAUU